CAAAAUUUUCCGCCCCUUCCAGCCCUAUGCCUCGACCAAAGCGCCGCCGGUCGUCCUUGCCGCCGCCGGCACCGCCCGGCUUCCCCACGAAGCGCAAGCACCGUCUACCGGCAUUGCAGUCAGCGGCGUCUCCUGGAGACGUCGGAGUUUCCGCCGACCUUGGCGACGCGUUCGUUCGCUGCGGCAACCUCUUGGACAAGCUGCUGGAGCACGAGGACGGGUGGGUUUUCGCCGAGCCGGUGGACGCGCGCGCCCUCCGCCUCGUCGACUACUACCUGUACAUCUCGGACCCCAUGGACCUCGGCACCGUCCGCCACCGCCUCGAGCGCCGACGGUACGCGGACCCGUGGGCGUUUGCCGCCGACAUCCGGCUCACCUUCCGCAACGCCAUGUCCUACAACAGCCCAGGCGACCCCGUCUACGAGAGCGCGGCCGAGCUCUCCGACAUCUUCGAGUCCGAGUGGCCCUCUGUUCUUGCGGCGCCACCGCGCCCGCCGGACGCCGAGCGCAAGCGGAGGCUCAGCGACUUGCUUCCCUGGCUGCCGGUGGCCGCACAGGUGAUGGUGGCCGAGAUCAUGAAGAAGCGGGACUGUUGCCUGCGGGAGGUGAACGGGAUGAUGGAGGUGGACCUGGACAAGGCGGACGCCGCGACGCUGGACGAGCUCGACCGGCUGGUCGCGGAGCACGGGGCCGCCCUCGCCCCCUGGUUAAGGUGAAGCAGGAGUCAUAAGUCGUGGAUAAACAAAUGUCAGAAGAUGCUUCAAGAUUCUACCUCAAGUCCCUUUUUGGUGGAGGUUCCUGCUCUGUGAACUGCUUAUGUAUGAUGUAUCUUAGUUUCAGAGUGCUGUUGGCUUCAACAGAUUCGUGAGACCAUGACACCUUAGUUAUCAUAUCCCAGUUAUGCUAAUAUUGCAUAUGUGUUGUAACUAGUGUGGGGUGUAUUGAUGGAAGUGUCUUACAUAUUACAUGAUCGAGAUCAGGAUUUCUGAUACUGAAAUGUUUGGUGGACUGGGAGAAGGGAAAGAAUGUCGAAUUCAGCUGUUCACCAACCAAGCUGAUAUGAUCCUGUGCAGUUGUGCUAGGAUACGGAUUUGCACUGAAAUCAGUGGAUGAAAAGAACGAAAAGGCCCUCCAAUUCAGAGUUUUGCAGUGAGGUAGUGG